AUGAUGGCGACCGUCGGCGGGAGUCGAGAGAAGAGGUGGAGCCUCGCCGGCGUGACGGCGCUGGUCACCGGCGGCUGCAAGGGGAUGGGGCACGCCAUCGUGGAGGAACUAGCAGGGUUCGGCGCGCGCGUGCACACGUGCGCCCGGAACGCGGCGGAGCUGGAGGACUGCCGCCGGCGGUGGGCCGAGAAGGGCCUGCCGGUCACCGUCUCCGUCUGCGACGUCGCCGUGCGCGCCGACCGGGAGAAGCUCAUGGACACGCUCAGGAGCACCUUCGCCGGCAAGCUCGAUAUCCUUGUGAACAACGCGGCGCUGGCGAUGGGCAAGCCGGCGGUGGAGUGCACGGCGGAGGACUACUCGGGCGUCAUGGCGACCAACCUGGAGUCGUGCUUCCACCUCAGCCAGCUCGCGCACCCUCUCCUCCGGAACUCCGCCAUCGCCGGCGGGGGAAGCAUCGUGCACAUCUCCUCCAUCGCCAGCUACCUGGGCUUUCCAGGGGUCGUGCUCUACAGCAUGGCCAAAGCCGGAGGAAUGAACCAGCUAACAAGAAGCCUGGCUGCAGAGUGGGCCCGCGACAGGAUUCGUGUGAACUGCGUCGCACCAGGCCUGGUCAUGACUAACAUGACGAAAGAGGUUGCGAGUUCAUCGAUUACACAGGCAGACCCGAAGUUCGUGGAGGAAGAUUUCUUGCCGAAAACCCCAUUGCGCCAGACUGGGGAGCCGGCGGAGAUAGCAUCCGUGGUGGCGUUCUUGUGUAUGCCGGUGGCCUCCUACGUCACCGGCCAGGUCAUCUGCGUGGACGGCGGCAGAACCAUAGGCGCUUGA